UGCAACAAAAAAUCCAGCGCUCGAGCGUCAUGCGUCAUGAUGCGCACAAAGUUCGAUUUUGGGUUGGCUAUGCUUGUAUGCAUGCAUUCUUGUUUUUCCUGCCCCAUUGCUGGGAAGGAAACGUUGAACUGGACUUUGUCAGCAUGAGAACUUGGAGACGCCGUGUGGCACCUUUGAAUGCAUUUUUCCAAGGCGAUGGAUUCCGCCCUGAUGAAACCAUUCCUUUUUCACAAAGCAGCACGAACGAUGAAACAACUGAUGGAAAGCGGAACAAACGCAAAGGUGGUGUUGAUGAAAUUGAUGAAGAUUCAGAUGUUUUUAAUACAGGUGUGUUCAAUCCGUAUGAAAUUCUGGACCUUUCGCCCAUGGAUGAAAUCGGAGAAGACGAAUUGCGGACAGCUUUCAGAAAACAGGCCAAAAUUUACCAUCCAGAUGUACCCAAAACGGGCGAUGCAGAGAAAUUCCAACUGAUAAAGAAAGCAGUUGAAGAGCUUGCAUCUUUGGGUAUGUUGGGUGAAUGGCGAGGUAGGGUUCCUUCCCCUAGGUCUCAGCGCAAAGAGCGGGGCCAAACCGUUUCAGAAGAUUACUGGGAACUACGAGGGCGGGAUUUCUUUGCAGAAUUAGAAACUGAAUUGACAGAUGAACUUAAGAUGAGAUUCAAUGAGUCUGACAAAGACUUGACCAUGGAGCAAAUCCGUGGUCGGCGCAUCAAGGAAGAUGAGUAUUGGGCAGAAUUGCAGAUUCGACAAGCUGAUAAGAAAGUCUUGGAAAGGGUUGAGGAUUGGAUCCAGCAAAAACGCGAACAAAGAAGGUUGUUACUUCGAGAGAGAUUGCGGGGGUCUGGGGCACCAGAAACGGAGAGAUCCAGGAAGGCAAGCUUGGAGACUCUCCAGAUGGUUGAAAAAAGGAUUGCACAAUGGCUUGGCCUUCCAUCGACAAUGCUUUCCCUUGACAUGACAUUGGAUGAAUUGGGUUUUUUUGACGCGGCCAGUUGGGAUGAUGUAGCAGUUUGUCUUAUGCUCCUAGAAGAAGAAUUUGAAAAAAACAUUGUGAACAUUGUAGAGAAAAAAGGGCAACCAACUACAGUCCAGUUGCCUAGUUGGGUUGAAACAGUUGAAGACUUUGCAGAUUUCGUUGAAAAUAAACUUUGAAGACAGAACCCGUCUGUACAGUAUGUCUCACCAGUAUCAAAAUUUGAAUGGUAUGUCAAAAGGCGGAAAA